CAGAGGUGUGUCCGGCGUGUGGAAUAUUAAUGUAGGGGGUGUGGCUGGAGGCAAGCAGAGCAGUGCUGCUCGGUGGUCUGUACCGUACCAUUAGGAGAGGAGCGCCCUCCAUAGCUGCCAUGUCUUCCAUCUUGCGGCCAUUCGCCGUCACUGAGGGGCCCUGCGAGCUAUCGAGGACGGGAGGUCAUGGAGGCGGGCGGGCGGUGUGCAGAUCUCUGGCCGCUGCAGCUCCGGGAGGAGGGAAGGUCACACAUCCUGGGAAGGCGAUCCUGGCUGGUGGAAUUGCAGGGGGCAUCGAAAUAUGCAUCACUUUCCCUACAGAGUACGUCAAGACUCAGCUUCAGUUAGAUGAGAAAGCCAAUCCACCCCGGUAUAGAGGAAUAGGGCACUGUGUCAAGAUUACUGUACAGGAUCAUGGAAUCAGAGGCUUGUAUCGAGGUCUUAGCUCAUUGCUGUAUGGAUCCAUUCCCAAGUCUGCAGUAAGGUUCGGUACAUUUGAAUUCCUGAGUAAUUAUGCAAGAGGUGCUUCAGGAAAAUUAGAUGGAAGAACCAGCUUCAUGUGUGGGUUAGGGGCAGGUGUUUCAGAGGCUAUUUUGAUUGUCUGUCCAAUGGAAACUAUCAAGGUAAAAUUCAUCCAUGAUCAGGCCUCAUCUGCGCCAAGGUAUCGUGGGUUCUACCAUGGAGUACGGGAGAUCAUUCGAGAGCAAGGAUUACGUGGUACCUAUCAGGGCCUGACCCCAACCAUUUUAAAGCAAGGUUCCAACCAGGCAAUCCGGUUCUAUGUCAUGACCACUCUACGUAACUGGUAUAAAGGUGAUGAUCCUGACAGAACAAUUAAUCCCAUUAUUACUGGGACCUUUGGGGCCAUUGCUGGGGCUGCCAGUGUCUUUGGAAAUACACCUUUUGAUGUUAUGAAGACCAGAAUGCAGGGCUUAGAAGCUUAUAAAUAUAAGAGCACAAUUGACUGUGCAAGCCAAAUUCUACGCAACGAGGGGCCUUUAGCGUUCUACAAGGGGACCAUCCCUCGCUUGGGCAGAGUGUGCCUGGAUGUUGCCAUUGUGUUUGUUAUUUAUGAAGAAGUAGUGAAAGUCCUAAACAGAGUCUGGAAAACCUAAUCGCAUCUCCUACUUGAAUCAGAAACUGUCUUUCAGCCUCGCAAAAAGGGGCUGAAGUGUCUUAAUUCUAUGUAUACGUUUCUUUUCCAAAGUAUUGUGCUUCAUGAUUUUAUUGUAAUUCUCAAGAUACCCAACCCUUUAGGUACAUAUCAUCUGCCAACAUGUGCAUUGUUUGGACCUGCCUUAAUUUUGCCAGCUACUACAUACUCAUUGUUGCCAAACAGAGCUAGGAAUUCAUUGUGGUCCAAAGUAAGAGACAGGUUUACUAUGUAUGUGGCACAUAACUGCAGGCAUUUAAAGGGUUAGCUCACCUUCAGCAAAAAAACUGCAUGUGCAGGUAAGAUUAGUAAAAACUGUUGUUUGUUUUUAAAGUUAUGUUAUGCCCUUAUAGGUGUAAGCCUUACAGAUAAACCUCCCAAAAGAUGGCAUCUUCUCAUCCUGCUUCGUUAGUAAGAUGUUCCCAGCCAUUAUUUCCCCCACCAUUACAGGAGUGAGCUCUCAAACCCUUGCACAUGUGUGGUCCACUUUUCCCUCCAUUACAGCAUACUUUACCUCAGAGCUACUGCAACAGGGUGUGUCUUAGCAAUGUCCUAACAAGGAAGGAAGGAAGGGAUGAUGCCAUCUCUGGGAGUUUUUCCAGUCCGGCUUCAAGGGGUACAUAAUGGCAACACCUUUUAGAAACUGUAUUUUAUCUACAGAUGCCCCUUGCCUGUAUUAACUUGUUGGUAAAGGGAUACCCUUUUAUGUGGGCCGAGGUAAUCUCUAAAUUUGAGUCUUGGGGCCUUCACAAUUGGCAAAAACAAAUGCUGUUGGAUAUUUUUAUAGAAAAGUUUCUGCAUCCAAUCACAUCUCACCUGUUGUCCUUCUCCCCCUUUUUUUUUAUAUUUUAUAAUUCUUUUUUUUUUUAUUCUUGGUCAAGUAGCUGGAUUGCUACAUGCACCAGUUUCUUAGUCCCUCACUUCUCCUUUAUUGGUGGUGAGACCAAAGCUAUAGGUUUUAAUGUAAUGCUUUUAAUGGUGGUCAUUCUUUAAUUACCUCAAAUUCCAGUGAUCUUGCUCAUUGGUUUUUCUACAAAGAAUGUUUGUACUUUUAUUCAUAACGCAUGCAUUACAAGAUUACUAUAUAAACACAUGUGUAAAUAUACAGGACUGGAAUUAUCGAAAUAUCCCAGAAAUCCUGAACACUGAAUAUUCAGUUUACAUGGCUAAACUUUUAAGUUCUGCACUGCUGUGACCCAAGCCACUUGGCUCUUUACUCCAAUUUUACCCACAUUUUCAAUAAUGCAAAAUGUCACUAUUCCAUACAGCCAUUGUACUGUUAGGAUAAAUGGUGGAGGAGACAGGCUGGUGAAUCCCAUUGAUGCGAGUGCUAUGUUCAGCACUGCUGCAGUGGCUGAUCAAAUGUUGCUUUUCCAGCAAGACCCUUCAACAGAGGCCAAUCUAACAAUUGGCUUCAGUUAAACAGAGAGGGGUACACACGUAUAACAAUUUUUAGGCUGGUUCAUCAGGAACCUGACAAAUUUUAAUGUGCAUAAGCAAAAGCUUAGCAGGAGCCUCAGUGAUUAUUUUAUUACAGGGCUGGGUGUAUUUCUUGCAUUGCAUAUUUUUAGUACUUCCCCAACCAUAGAUUGAUCUGCUGUCAUCCCCUUAUUUUAAUGUUCUGAAUUUUAAAAUGUUUUUU